AUGGCCCGCGUCAAGUCGGCCCCCAGACAGUCCACCGCGGCAGACGAGGGGACAGCUGCCGAGAGCACGACGACGACGGCGGCGGGCAAGGAGGUGACGAUGCGGCCGACGUCGACCAUUUCGUCCACGACGACGCUGUCGCGGCGGCCGGGUGGGCCCACGAGCAAGCUGCCGCGCGCGCUGCACUUCCCGCUCGUCGUGGUCCUGAGCAUGGCGCUCUCGGCGCUGGGAUACUCGACCGUCAACCAGUGGACGCGCGGUGAGAUGGCGGCUGUGGCGCGGACUCUGGAAGGCAACUGGGAGGUCUCUGUGCUGGCCGGAUGGAGAGUACUUGAGCUCGCUCUAGGAUGGUUCGCCAACUUUGAUAGCUAUGACCUGGCGGCCCUGAGUAUCCUCUCUCGCGGACCCUCGCUUUAUCUUUUGAGCGCAUUCUACGGCAUCCAGCCUCAGACGGCGGGCGCAUGCCUCGCCGUUGAUGCAAUCUCCAAUUUCCUGCCCUUCCUUCUGCUUCGGCCGCUCUCGGGCGCCCACGCCGCUUCUCCUUCUCUCCCGAACAGAGAGCUCGUGGUAGACAAGACCAUCCAGGCCUACACGACUCUUCUCGCCGGUGCCGUCUACUGCGUGACCCUGUCCACCGCCUACAUGGCUUUCCUGCCUCGGAUCUUGGUCGUCUACUUCAACGACAUUCCGACCAUCGAGCCCGCCUACUCUGCGACCUCGUUCCUCUUUGUGAGCCUCCCCACCGUCGGGCUGUGCCUGCUCUUCGGCCUGGCUGCGAGGACCUUCAUCUUCGCCCCGACCGCCACGACCGGCCAUGUCCCGUCGGACGACCGGAUCGCCGAGUUCGACCCCGCCAGCGCGACUCUCGGGGAGACACUGUGGUGGAAUUUCUUGGGCUAUACCGCCCAGACCAAGGUCGCCGCCUUCCGCACUGCGGUGCUCAUGUUUAUCGCCGGUGUCAACACGUACCUCCAGUGCUCCCUGACCGUGAGAGGUGUCGAGCCGUACGGCGCAGCAGUGUACGCCUCCGUAUGGGUGCUGGCCGCCUUCUUGACGGGCGUCGGCCUUGGUGUGGUCGGGACUGACUAG